AUGGUUCCCGCCCCCAUCGACCCAUCAAUCACCGACGUGGCGGAGCCGCGGAAGGACACCCUCGGGCUCCCCGAAACCACAAAGGCAAGACUAAUCAAGGCUGGAGUCGACUUGUCAAAUGGGUACCCGUACCGCCCUUCGCGGCCUCUGUAUCUGGACGAUGCAUACAACAUCCGCAACAAGGAGAGGGAGUACGUCGACGCCGGCUCAAGGGCCGACAAGUCUAAGAAGAACCUGCUCAGUGCGGCGACGAAAGUCACUAACUUGACGGCUCACAUUGGUACGGAGAUUGAGGGCCUGCAGCUGAAGGACCUUACACCUGAGCAAAAGGAUGAGCUUGCGCUGCUCAUUGCUGAGCGCAGUGUUGUGUUCUUCAGGGACCAGGAUCUGUCGCCUCAACAGCAGAAAGAGUUGGGAGAUUGGUAUGGUGAAGUUGAAGUUCAUCCCCAAGUUCCGCAAGUCCCUGGCGUCUUGGGUGUCACAGUAAUCUGGCCGGCGUUGAUGGCCACCGAGAGGAAAGCAAACUUCCGUAGCCCCGGCGGUGCUUCGAAAUGGCACACCGAUCUAGUCCACGAACGUCAGCCAUCCGGCAUCACUCACUUGCACAAUGAUGCUGUCCCACCCAUCGGUGGUGACACCCUCUGGGCUAGCGGAUACUCCGCCUAUGAGAAGCUCUCGCCCGAUUUCCGUAAGAUCAUCGAUGGCAAAUACGCCGUCUACCGCUCUGCUCACACGUACCUGGACCGCAACGACCCCGAGGCUGGACCGAAGCACAUUGAGCGAGCGCACCCUCUUGUCCGCGUCCAUCCUGCGACGGGAUGGAAGUCUCUCUACGUCAACCGUCUGUUUACCACACAUAUUAUCGGUCUCGACAAAGCGGAGAGUGAUGUCAUCUUGAACUACCUCUUUGAUGUAUAUGAGAAGAAUGUCGAUAUCCAAGUCCGCUUCAAGUGGACUCCCAACACCAGUGCCCUGUGGGAUAACAGAAUCACUAUCCACAACGCCAGCUGGGACUAUGAGGGCAAUCACCCUCGUCAUGGAACUCGUGUAACAUCUCUUGCCGAGAAGCCGUAUUUCGACGCCGCAGCUCCAGGUCGACGUGAGGCGUUGGGAUUACUGGGCCCGGAUGAGAAGGAGGAACUUGGUAUCGAUGGGACUAUCAAGGGGCUGAAGGACUUCUCUCUAUAA